GUCUAUAGAAGGCGUAUGUAUCGCAUAUCGUUUUAAUUGAGGGAUCAGUAAAAUCGUGGUCACUGACUAUAACAGUUGUGAUUUGUAAUCCGUGGCGCGUAACGUCUCUCAGGCUUUUCUUUAAUUUUGAUCCGCGACACGUGGUCGAAUGAAUCAUAAACAGCACGGACAGCACGCAUUUUGUGUAUAAUUUUUUGCUUUAAGAAAUUAUUAAAUAAGAUGUCCCGUUUAAUAGUGAAAAAUUUGCCAAAAAGUGUGACAGACACUAAACUGAAAGAAUUAUUUAGUCAAAAGGGUAUAGUGACUGAUGUCCAGUUGAAAUAUACAGAAGAUGGAAAGUUUCGGCGAUUUGCAUUUAUUGGAUAUAAGACAGAGGAGCAAGCAAAAUUGGCACAGUCCUUUUUUGAUCAAACAUAUAUCGAUACAUGUAAAAUAUUUGUUGAGCAGUGUGCAGGUUUAGGUGAUUCCUCUAAACCAAGAUCAUGGAGUAAAUAUGCAAAUGAUAGCUCUUAUAAAAAAAGCAGUAAAGCUCUUGAUGAUGAAUCAAAGGAAACAUUGACAGAUUCUAUAAAAAAAGAUAAUAUAAAAGAAAAUAAAAGUGAUAAAAAAAAGGAAAAAAAGAAUGCAAACAAAAAGAAUAAUGAUGAAAUUAAGAAAGCACUUGACAAGUAUAAGGAUGAUCCUUUAUUUGUUGAAUUUCUUGAAUCACAUACUGGUAAAACAGUUUGGAAAAAUGAUAUUGAUAUAUCUACGGAAACACACACUGAAAAAGAGAAGUCUGAUGAUGAUGAUGAUGAUGAUGAGUCCAACGAUGAUAAAGAUGACGAAUCUAAGGAAAGUAAAGAUAAAAAGGAAGACGAGAAAAAUAAAAAAGAAGAAAAAAUUGCGAAUAAAGUUAUAUCAGAUUUAGAAUAUAUAGAGGCAUUAAAGAAAAAACAACAGAAUGUAAAAAGUGAAGAAAAAUCUGUGGUUAACAAUGUGCCAAAACAUGGUCCAAUCACAUUCUUUACUGUAAAAUUACGAGGACUUGCAUACAAACAUGUAAAAAAGCAUAUUAAACAAUUUUUUCGUCCUAUAAAAGUUGCAUCUAUACGAAUUCCACCUAAAAUUAAAGGUAUUGCUUAUGUGGGUUUCAAAACGGAACAAGCCAUGAAGAAAGCUCUCAUGAAAAAUAAGAGUUUCUUAGAAGGAAAGCAGAUAUUUGUAUCUAAAUAUGAGCGAAAAGAGGCAAUUGAAUCUAAUGGAAAUAAUGAAGCCAAUAUUAAAUGGAAGAAACAAGAAGAUGCCUUAAAGAAUGAAGAGAAUAUAGCAGAAUCUGGAAGAAUAUUUAUCAGAAAUCUGACAUAUACAGUUACGGAAGAUGAUAUAAGAAAAUUGUUUGAAAAAUAUGGCCCUCUAUCUGAAGUGAAUUUACCUGUGGAUAGAGUGACUAGGACACCAAAAGGUUUUGGCACUGUAACUUUCUUGAUGCCCGAACAUGCUAUAAAGGCAUACAAUGAACUGGAUGGUUCUAUAUUAGAUGGUAGAAUGUUACAUAUUCUUCCCGGGAAGGCGAAAACUUCUUUGGAAGAUAUCGAUAUGGAAAAUUUAACUUAUAAACAAAAAAAGGAGCUGCAGAAUAAGGCAACAGCAGGUUCAUCACAUAAUUGGAAUACGCUGUUUCUUGGACAGAAUGCCGUAGCGGACGCUAUCGCGAGUCGCUACAACACGACGAAGGAGAAGUUAUUAGAAGAUGGAUCAAAUGGAAUGAGCGCCGCAGUUAAAUUGGCUUUAGGAGAGACGCAACUUGCACAAGAUACAAAAGCUUUUUUAGAAGAAAAUGGCGUAUGUCUGGACGCUUUCAAUCAAGCACCAAAGAAGAGAUCAACCACUAUAAUCUUAGUAAAAAAUUUACCGGCUCAAACAGAAUCGAAGGAAAUCCGAGAAAUGUUUGCCAAACACGGGGAAUUGGCGCGCAUCGUAAUGCCACCAGCGGGUAUAACAGCACUGAUCGAGUUUUUAGAACCAUCCGAAGCACGCAAAGCUUUUCAUGCAUUAGCUUAUAAAAAAUAUAAGCAUUUACCAUUAUAUCUGGAAUGGGCACCAGAUAACAGUUUCAUCAGACCUGCAUCUAAGACUGACCUGAGUAAAAAUAAUACAGACGAAAGGAAAAAAUCAGCAAAGGAAGCCAAAAUAGAAGUAAUGACAGAAGAAUCUAAAGAAAAUAAGAAUAAGCAUACAAAGGAGGAUGAUGAGCCAGCUGAACCAGACACUACGCUUUUUGUAAAAAAUAUCAACUUUUCAACUACAGAAGAACAGUUGAAAGAUUAUUUUGGUAAAUGCGGUCCUCUUCAUUACAUCACAAUAGUCACUAAAAAAGAUCCAGAAAAUCCGGCUAAGAAGCUAUCUAUGGGAUAUGGAUUUGUGAGAUACAAGAGAAAACAUGACGCGGAUCGUGCAUUGAAAACGUUACAGAUGUCAGUACUUGAUGGGAAGAGUUUGGAGUUGAAGCGAUCUGAGAGAACUUUAAUGUCUGAUGUCAAAACAGCAAAGAAAAAGUCUAAAAUCACCGAACAAACUGGUUCUAAAAUUUUGGUACGUAAUGUACCCUUCCAAGCAACUCUCCAGGAAAUAACGGAAUUGUUUAAAUCAUAUGGUGAAUUGAAGGCUGUACGAUUGCCAAAGAAAUUGGUCGGCGCUGAGAAGCACAGAGGAUUCGCCUUUAUCGAGUAUUACACAAAAACAGAUGCAAAGAAAGCCUUUAAAGCAUUGUGUCAAAGUACUCACUUCUAUGGUCGAAGGCUAGUGCUUGAAUGGGCACAGGCAGAGGAAAGUAUCGAAGAAAUUAGAAAACGUACUGCGAAACGUUAUUACCAAGAGAGUUCAACGAAGAAAUUCAAGAAAUCUACAUUAGAUCCUGAGAGUGUUGGCCUCGAAUCAAAUUCGGCUGACAUAUAAAAAAAAAAAAUUUAUUAAGCGAAAAAAAUGUUAAUAUGUAAAAACUUCUGUAAUUUAAUGAAAGUUUUGAUCGUGAAGAAUUUAAAAUUACUUUCUGAUAAAUUUUGAAUGUCAUGGACACUAUUGAAGUCAAUAUUUAGCAAUGCUAUACAUAUCGAUUUCUUUUCACAUUGGCAGAGAUUCAAAUUGAUCGAUAGGAACUCGAAAGAAUUUUUAUUGCACGACCUUCGUGUCACGUUUAAACAUGACUUUUUCUUUUCUUUUCUACAGAACAAUAUAGAUUUUCAACGAUCGAUAUAAUGCGAUAUGUUUGUGUUUGAAUUAAGAUAAAAAUGCAGCUAACAUUAUUAUCUUAGAAUUAAUUACACAAGCCGCUUUCGUAAGGUGAUAGAUUUUGACAGUCCAAAUUGCGAAAAUAUUUGAUUAUAAUAUACAUGCGAUUAUAAAUACUAUACAUGUUGCCCUUGUGGAAAUCUUUAUCAGUGCCUUAGAUUUCACAAUUUCGUAAAUGUAUUAAAUCAAAAGGGCAUUAUUGCGAAGAGAAUUGCAGUAAUUAUAAAAGAUAAAUUUAGUUCAUAUACAUUUUUAAUGUAAUUCCCGGUCACUUUUUACCACCAUCUUGUGUAUAUGUGUGUGCAUGUAUAUAUUAUGUAUAUAUGUAUAGGGGUAUGGGUAAAUAUAUAUACAUGUAUAUAUAUUUUAUCUAUAAUAUAUGUAUAUAAAAUGCAAAGGGAGAGAGAGAGAUGAAAUUUAUAAAAUAUUUUAUCUUUAUCUUUCAACUACUAUAAUUACAAAAUGUGAAAAUUUUACUUUCUAUAUCAAAAUAAACUAGAUAACUAGAC